AUGGGACCUUUUACCGUAGUUCUUCUGUUGGUAGUUGCCAGCACCACUUUGGUGAGUCUAAUCGAAAAACAAAAAUUAUCACUUUUUUUACAUUUCUCAGGCUGUAGAUAUUCUUCCUACUGACAAAAACAGGUAAACUAGAAAAAUGAACAGAAGAAAUUUAUGUGUAGGGGAGGAAAAGACUGUGCUCCGUUCUCGGCCAAGGCUGCCUGUACAAACGUUUUGCAUCGCGCCGAAAGCCUUCUGGCUCAUCGAGAGUACGAAAAAUACUUUGAUCUCUUCGAGGAACAAGCCGAGUACGACGUCAAGGGGAAGAACUACAAGGGCCGAGGUAGUUUUCUCUGAUAGGCAAAGUCCAAAAAGGAAUAUUUUGAAGUUUUACUGAGAAUUUACUGACCAGAUGUGGUAUGUGCCUUUAAAAAAACCUCGGAUCCAGAAAACAUUAAAAAAAUUUUAAUAAUGGAAGUCUGGGUUUUCAGCAUCCUUGAACUCUCAUAACUCGGUUUAAAAAAACAGAAAAUAUACUUUUUUGAGAAUUAGAUCCAAAAUCCUUUAAAUAACAUAUAAGCGGGUUCGCCGCAAAUCCUUAAAGAUUUUUCUUUUGGAACUCUCUCGCCAAAUUUACCUCUCCCAAUUUUCAGCUCUACUAAAAUACUACGCCGAAAUGGUUUCAAAGCAUCCUGUCCGCCAUAUCACGGUUUUGAUAACUGUACAAUUGAAUAAUCUGAAGUGAAAAUGAUACAGUUCACGCUGAAAAACUGGGAGCAGUCGGACAAUCUUCGACAGGCCAAAUGCUUCCUGCAUCACAAUUCGACUCUUUUCUCGUUGAACUACAACGCCGACUACGUCUACUUUUUGCGCCAGGUGAAUCAUUUUCAAUACUAUCUUCUUCUUCUUCCUACGACUUUGUACCUUUGUCGGGUUCCCAAGCCGAUGAGCCGAGAUACUGUCCUAAUAUCAGUGAUAAUUAGUGGAAUGCCUCUAGUGACAUAUCCGUCCUCCCGUGUGGCGGCUGUGGUCUAUGAAGCCGUGGUUAUCCACUACCAAUAGUUCUCGAACCCCUCGGUUGAUUCGCGAUGGGGAUCGAACUUGUGACCCGGUAGACCGUAUAUAAGCACACAAUCUGUUGCGCUACGGCGUAUCAGUUUCAAUAUUUUCAUACUAAUUUUCAGGGCGAAGACUGCGCUUACCGUGUCCGACGCGUCGAGCAACACUAA